CUCACUCUAUCAUUUCUCCGAACUAACUACUUCCCUUCGUGCUGCCACGCUCAAUCCCUAUCCCUUUCUCCAUAAUCUCCACCAACUCUCCCCCACUUCUCCACACACACACUCUCUCUCUCUCCGUUCGAAUCUCGACGUCAAACAAUGGCGUUCCGCAGGCAAAUCAUCAGGGCUACUUUGCAAAAUGCCAAACGAAACAGCUUCGCACAACUCGCUCGCGCCGGCGGCCGCUGCUUUUCCACCGCGUCUCCUUCCCUUUCCGCGGCCACCGCCGACGCGCCGCCGCAGCUCCCGCCGUUCGAUCACCGGCCCAAGCCCUACAAGGGUCCUUCCGCCGAGGAAGUGCUCCAGAAGCGCAAGACUUAUCUGGGUCCUUCUCUGUUCUACUACUAUCAGAAACCUUUGAAUAUAGUGGAGGGCAAGAUGCAAUAUCUGUUUGAUGAGAAUGGGAAGCGCUAUUUGGAUGCUUUCGCCGGGAUCGUGACUGUUUCUGCUGGCCAUUGCCACCCGGAGAUUUUGAAAGACAUUGUUGAGCAGAGUGAGCUUCUGCAGCAUGCGACCAUCAUUUACCUGCACCACGCGAUUGCUGAUUUUGCCGAGGGUUUGGCGGAGAAGAUGCCCGGCAACCUUAAGGUUGUGUAUUUUGUGAAUUCUGGGUCCGAGGCAAAUGAACUGGCGAUGAUGAUGGCUAGGUUGUACACUGGUAAUCUUGAAAUGAUAUCUUUAAGAAAUGGUUAUCAUGGUGGAAGCUCGAAUACUAUUGGCCUUACGGCUCUGAACACAUGGAAGUACCCCAUACCACAGGGUGAAAUCCAUCAUGUCAUGAACCCCGAUCCAUACCCUUAAACAAAAAAUGUCGCCCUAAUAAUUGCUAAACAUCGCCCUAACUUAAAUGUAAAAUUACUCACAUACCCUUAAACAAAAACUCAAAAUAGGCUUAAACAAACAAGCCCUUAGGGAUUCAAAUUCAAAUCCCUCCCCCCUCAACUCUCUCAGCCGCCCUUUCAAAAAAAAAAAAAAAAAAAACUCACCCGCGACCCUCCUCUCACCCGCGACUCUCCCCUCACCGGCCGACCUCCUCUCAAUUCCGCCGACGCCGACCGCACCGCCCGACGCCUCCUCCACCCGCGACCGACGGCCGACCUAUCGCCUCUGCCCUCUGCAAUCUCCCGCCGCCGCCGGAGAAGACUCCUCUCUCGCCGCCGCGCGACUCCCGCCCGCGUCCAGUCGCCGCCGCCGACUCCUCUCUCGCCGCCCGCGUCCAGUCGCAGCCGCCAACUCCUCUCUCGCCGCCCGCGUCCAUUCGCCGCCGCCGAAGGAUCUCGCCGAUCCCGCUCGCGUCGUCCCCGCCCGUCGCCGUCGUCGCUCGCAUCGUCCCGGAGAAGGUAACGACAGCAAGGCGAUUCGCCCGUGGCCCGACCGCGGUCAACGCGCGGCUGGAGGGGUAUGUAUUGCUGAUGAAGUUCAAACCGGGUUUGGACGAACAGGAAGCCACUAUUGGGGAUUCGAAACACAAGGUGUCAUCCCUGACAUAGUUACAAUGGCAAAGGGCAUUGGCAAUGGUUUAGCACUAGGAGCAGUGGUGACAACACCAGAAAUAGCUAGUGUGAUGUCUCAGAAAAUCCAGUUCAACACUUUUGGUGGCAACCCGGUUUGCUCUGCUGGUGGACUUGCUGUCUUGAGAGUUCUUGACAAAGAGAAGCGUCAACAACAUUUAGCCCAAGUUGGCACUCACCUAAUUGGACGUUUGAGAGAUCUAAAGGAAAAAUAUGAAAUCAUUGGAGAUGUUAGAGGCAGAGGGUUGAUGGUGGGUGUAGAGCUAGUGACUGACAGGAAGGAGAAGACCCCUGCCAAAGCUGAAACAGCAGUCUUAUUCGAGCAGCUCCGAGAGCUCGGUAUUCUAGUUGGGAAAGGAGGGCUCCACGGAAACGUCUUUCGAAUAAAACCACCUAUGUGUUUCUCCAAAGAUGAUGCUGACUUCCUCGUCGACGCAUUGGACUAUUCUAUGUCAAAGCUGUGAAGGUGAUUGGAAGAAAUCGAGAACGUGAACCUGCAAAUCUCUUUCAUUACAGAGCACUGUUGAUUUUAGGGAAUAUCAAGCUGCAUCUUGAAGAUACAAUCCGCACGGCUGCUGUCACUUCUAUCAUCCCCCAAGGUGUCCUUGAGAGCUUUACUUGUUUACUGAAUGUUUAGUCUCGAGUCAUAGGCAUCUUUCCAUAGAACGAGAGUUGUUCAAAAAGCUCUCGAAGUCUUAGUCGUUGCCUAGUUGUGUUUCUGUUGUUGAGAGCCUCAGAUUGUUACUUUGUUUCUAACUGUUGAUGAUCAAAAUAAAACUUGUUGCACAAAGCAUCAUUUACUCUUCUGCCUUCUAAGCUGUACCCCGUCCCAUUUCGAUUGAUGGACGACUGAACCUCCCAGAAUAAAAAAAACAAU